AUGAUACGUGUUGGUUCUAAAUGGGUUUAUCCCGAAGACGAAAUUAUAGAUGGUGGUACAUGGGAACACAAAAAAAGAGCAGAGGAAAUGAAGAAAACAGCGGAACAUGCAGCAUUGUUGACAGCUCAAGCUGAAGCCAAGCGUGCACAUCAUAUAGCUGACUUUUUGCCUAAAACUGAAUUGGUAAAAUUUGAGGAAGAAGUCAAAGCCAUUAAAACCGGUGGCCCUGCACCACAACAUGAAGAUUAUGCUAGUAAUAAGUUAGAUCAAUCAAACAUUGGGUUUAAAAUGUUGAUGAAGCAAGGGUGGCAGGCAGGAUCUGGUUUAGGAAAAUCUGGUGAAGGGAUUUCUGCUCCUGUUAACAAAGCUGAUACAAGACCAACAAAUGCUGGUUUAGGGCAAACAAAACCUGAUGAUGUUCAAGAAGAAGAUGACGAAUUUGAAAUUUAUCGCAAACGAAUGAUGCUAGCUUAUAGGUUUAGACCAAACCCUCUGGUAUGUGAAGUUUUCUUUUUUAGAAAAUCUACCUAG